AUGGAGAGACCAGAAGACGAUACUUUCUUGCUUGAGCUUCUUGCAACUUCUCCGUUCCCGCAAAACCAACUUCCUUCUCCGGCGAGAUAUUCUUCGUCGGAGAACAACCUUAUUAACACGUUACCAUGUUUGCCAGCCGCCCCUUUUCCGAAUAACACUCUCCAUGCAAACCCUAAUACUCCUUUUGGCUAUGAUCUUCUCAGUAUGUCUGUUCUCGAAGGUGAGUUCCGUCGCUUCAAUUUAAUAACUCCAUCUCUUCACUCUCCUUCUUCUUCUUCUUCUUCUCCUUCCUCCAUAGGAUCCGGACGUCGCAGUCCUGUUCGUCAAAACAACUCGCUGAUUGGAUACUCGCUUGGCACGGGCUCUCUCUCCAUAUCUGAUGAUCAUCACUAUGAGAUCAAUGCUUUUUCGCGUAGUUUGAGAGUUCAAUCUGCAGCAAUGGCACAGAAUUGGGGAAAUUUAUGGCAACCAUCUUUCACUACUGGGACUGAUAAUUAUCUGCACAGCAAUGGAGGGCGGCGAGGACCUGUUUCCUCAAUGAGUUUUAACACGGGAACAACCCAAUCUUUCAUGUACCAAAACCGGUCUCAAUCCGCCUACGGCAUCAUUGGCGGUUAUCAAGCUCCAGUGCAUUCAAACAGGAACCGGUUAGGGCCGGAAAACAGCUUUCAAGCGAUGAGGAGAUCAAGAUUGGAGAUCAAAUUGGAAGAUUGCUGGGGAAAGAUGAUGUAUUUUCUGGCGAACGAUCGGCGGGGAAGCAAGUACUUGGAGGAGAGGCUUGGGGAAGGGAAGGAAGAGGAAAUAGAUAUGAUUUUCACGGAGCUCAAAGGCCAUGUUCGAGAGUUAAUGGUGGAGCCGUUUGGAAAACAGGUCGUCCGGAAGCUGUUUCAGGUUUCCACGCCGGAGCAUAUCACGCAGAUGCUUCUCGUCGUGUUCAGCCACAAGGGUUACCUCUUUGAAAUCUGCAAAGAUUCACAUGGAUCAAAUGCAAUGCAGGUACUACUGCAGCGGCUGACCACCCAGGAGCAAAUGUUAAUAGUAAUGCGGGGUCUGCUGGAGAUUACAGAGCAAUUGUGCAUGACCCUCCACGGUCAUCACGUCAUUGAACAAUGCUUGAAAUCCUUCCCUGAUGAACACAAGCAGCAACUUCUAAACGUGAUCGCCCAUAACUGUGUUGAGAUUGCGAUGGAUAAGAAUGGGUGUUGCCUACUGCAAAAGUGUUUGCCAGCAGAGGGAGAGGUUAUGGACUAUCUCAUGGCUGAAUUAACUGCUAAUGCACUUACUCUUUCAGCAAAUCCUUAUGGAAACUAUGUUGUCCAACACAUACUGCAACUAAAGGAACCAGAUAUUAAUGCAAAUCUAUUGGCAAGGCUUUGGGGGAGUUUUGUGGCUCUCUCCACGGACAAAUAUGGCAGCAAUGUGGUGGAGAAAUGCUUGAAGGAGCUUGAGGAAGAUCAGGUGACACAAAUUAUUGAAGAGAUCAUUGAUUACCCAAAUGCCUUGGCAGUUUUUCAGGAUCCCCACGGCAACUAUGUGGCUCAAUCUGCUUAUGCUGUGUCCAAGGGAGCUCUUCGCCGGAAAAUUGAGAGCCUGGUUCAGAGCAAUUACCCGUUCUUGCACAGCCACCCCCACGGCAAGCAGGUGCUGGGGAAAGUCAGACGGGGCCGGCAUGAAAGGCAGGGAAAUAAGGGCUCCAAAAAUAUAUUGUGA